GUGAACAAACAACUGGCGCGCUGUACGUAAGAGCGGCGUGUGUUCUCUGCUGUCUUUCAACUGGAAACCACUUUUUCUGAGUCAACAUGGCGUCAGAUGACAUUGCUCUGCUGGCUGACGCUCUUUCAAAGACCCACGUCGGGGAUGGAGAGUUGAGCUUUAAAGGCCUGGGACUGAAGCUGGACGACGCACAAUCAGUGGAGCAGCUGGUCCGGGACAUCGAGCAGUUUCAGGGUCUGAGAGCUCUGCGUCUGGAGGGAAACACGGUGGGAGUGGAAGCAGCUCGAGCCAUCGCCAAAGCUCUGGAGGACAAAGACCAGCUCCAG